GCGCCGAGCCGCUCCCCGCCCCCAUCCGGUCCAUGAUCUGAACGGAAGUCAGUUGGGGCAGCUACACUGUGCACGCUAUUCUGGCCUGGCUCCUCGUGAGUCGAGCCUGCAGAGAAAGCGGAAGCCCAGCUUCCCUACUGAAGGCUCAGUCGAGGAUCCUGGAGUAUCAUGGCAGCCGGCAUUGAGGACAUCGCAGCGUCAGCUCCGGCGGCCUCUGAUGGUGGUGUCAGCAAAUGUCUUAAGUCUGGGGAUGAGCUAGUCCAGGUUCCUGUGGUGGAUGUGCAAAGCAACAACUUCAAGGAGAUGUGGCCAUCCCUCCUUCUGGCCAUAAAGACAGCUAGCUUCGUAGCUGUGGACACGGAGCUAAGCGGGCUUGGGGACAGGAAGAGUUUGCUGAACCAGUGCAUUGAAGAACGUUACAAGGCUGUAUGUCAUGCUGCCAGGACCCGUUCUGUGCUCUCUCUGGGGCUUGCCUGCUUCAAGCAGCAGCCAGACAAGAGUGAACACUCCUACCUGGCCCAGGUUUUCAAUCUUACCCUGCUGUGCAUGGAAGAGUAUGUUAUAGAACCAAAGUCUGUGCAGUUCCUGGUACAGCACGGCUUCAACUUCAACCAGCAGUAUGCCCAGGGCAUCCCUUACCAUAAGGGCAAUGACAAGGGUGAUGAGAGUCAGAAGCAGUCGGUGCGCAUGCUGUUCCUAGAGCUGAUUCGAGCCCGGCGGCCCUUGGUGCUCCAUAAUGGCCUUAUAGACUUGGUGUUCCUAUAUCAGAACUUCUAUGCACACUUGCCUGAGAGCUUAGGAACCUUCACUGCGGACCUGUGUGAAAUGUUCCCUGCAGGCAUUUAUGACACCAAAUAUGCUGCUGAGUUUCAUGCCCGCUUCAUGGCCUCCUACUUAGAAUAUGCCUUCCGGAAAUGUGAGCGGGAAAAUGGGAAGCAGCGGGCAGCUGGCAGCCCACACCUUACCCUGGAGUUCUGCAGCUAUCCUCCUAGCAUGAGGACCCAUAUUGACUACCGUUGCUGCAUGCCCCCUGCCACCCACCGUCCUCAUCCCAACAGUGUCUGUGACAACUUCUCGGCCUAUGGCUGGUGCCCCUUGGGACCACAGUGUCCUCGGUCCCAUGAUAUUGACCUUAUCAUUGACACUGAUGAGGCUGCGCUGGAGGACAAGCGGCGACGGCGGCGACGUAAGGAAAAGCGGAGGAGGGCUUUGUUGAGCAUCCCUGGGGCACAGACUUCUGGUGAAACUGAGGAUUGUCCUCCUGCCAAGCAGAUCUGUGGAGAUAGCCUCAAGACUGAGAAAACUGAGCAAAAAGUGACUGAGGAUGAAACUAAAGACCAUCCUGGAUCUCAGCAAGGUCACAAAAAUGACGUGGAGAUGGAUCUUCAGCCACUAAAACCUGAAACAGCUGAUCUGGCUCCUAUAGAAGAGCCAGAGAGUCAAGCCAGUCCUAAUCAAGUGCCUGGGGAUGGUUUGCACCGGGCUGGCUUUGAUGCCUUUAUGACAGGUUAUGUGAUGGCCUAUGUGGGAAUGAGCCAGGGAUCUCGGCCCUGCAGCUCUGGACUCUGGCUACCUGAAUGUCACAACAAGGUCUAUUUGAGUGGCAAAGCUGUACCCCUCACAGUGGCCAAGAGCCAGUUCUCUCGAUCCUCCAAAGCCCAUAACCAGAAGAUGAAGCUAGCUUGGGGUAGCAGCUGACCCAACUUCUAUUUACCACUCAGCCCAGGAAGAAAGACUAAAAGAACAGUUGUUUGGGUCUCUAACCUGUGAAUGUCACCUCAGCAACUUAGGGAGUUCUAACUGCAUUCCCCUGGACCUUCUUUAACCCACAGGGUGAGGUACAAGGGUUCAAGAAGGCUGACCAGCACCUGCAACACCAACUUUAUUUUUUAAAUCUGAAAGUGUCUUGGGAAAGUUUUACAAAAAAAAAGAGUUAUGAAAAUA